GGCCGAGAACACUGUCGCGUUCAGCCAACGGAAUCGUGCGACGCCCACCACAUCAAAUGCAAUCGAAUCGAUCAUUUCUCGAGAGCAGAACAAAACAAAAUAGCAAAAUAUUUUAAUCCCUUCGCUGAUUGUUUGUCCGGUAUAAUUGCGCUUCGACAACAAAUACGACAGCUUUCACGAUCAGCCGUGUUCACGGAGGGUGCAUCUGCAGUAGCGUGAAAAAGUUUUCGAUUUUUUCAGUGGUCAAGGAUCGGGAACGAGCCAAUUUUAAAAGUUUCUUUCUUAUUCUGGCUUGGAAAUAACGGAGGUGAAAAAAAUUCUCAAUAAUGGAGCUUUUUUCGGGCGCUGUUACCUCAGGAAUUGCUGAACAAUUAAUGUCUGCGUGAAAAAGAAGAAAAAGUUGAAGUUUUUCUAGAAGAAAUGAGCUCAAUUUGGUCAUUCAACGAGGGAGGAAUGUCGUGAGAACGAUAUUGAGCAUUGAGGAAUAAUGAUGGACGAUUGAUUUUCUAAAACAUUGCAAAUCUUUUGAUUUUGAAAGUAUUUGGACAAAACUACGAUUGAAAUUUCGCGGUAAAAGCAGCGCCAUGUUCAUACUUUCUGUUUCGUAAAAAAAUGGCGGAGCAAACGCAGUGCCCUCUGCGCGACUAUUCCCGCUCGCGCACGCAUCGGUCACGCGCAAAGUAUGCUCCCGUGACAGAAUACGCGAAGAAGAAAACAAAGUUUGAAUUCGGACAAGUACAAGCGUGUUCGUGUGUUAAGCGUUGGCGCGUUGAGCCAAUGCCAGAUAAACCGUUUCAGAGUGGCAUGUGCUUUUUUAUUGCUUUUUAAAACUACUUAAAAAGUCUACGAUUGUUUAUUGCACCGAGUUGGUGUCAAGUUUCUAUCGAGACAUUGAGUCGUAGAAGUUUCAAAUACAACGAAAAAGUUGUGGAUCAACGUUUAAUUUUGUUGAUUAACAAUGUCCGAAGUACGUGCUACAUCGACGACGAGACCUGUGGAAGAAGAGGAGGCAGUUGAUGAUGCUACUGAUGGGGCUAAACUCAUCAAAACUUUGGAGGGAAAUGGAAUUAAUGCGACCGAUAUAAAAAAGCUCCAAGAAGCCGGAUACUGGACAGUGGAAGCAGUGGCUUACACGCCGAAGAAACAUUUGCUAGCUAUAAAAGGUAUCAGCGAAGCUAAAGCUGAGAAAAUUUUGCAAGAGGCAAGCAAAUUGGUGGUCAUGGGGUUCAAAUCAGCAACGGAGAUUCAUCAAAUGCGAGCAAAUAUUGUGUUCAUUUCAACGGGCUCAGCAGAAUUGGACCGACUGUUGGGUGGUGGAAUCGAAACUGGUUCUAUAACGGAAUUGUUCGGAGAAUUCAGAACGGGCAAAACACAGCUCUGCCAUACUUUGGCUGUAAAUUGUCAGUUGCCGAUCGAUAUGGGUGGCGCCGAAGGCAAAUGUCUGUACAUUGACACGGAAGGAACUUUCCGGCCAGAACGUUUGAUUGCUGUUGCAGAAAGAUACAAGAUUCCUGGUGACUCUGUCUUGGACAACGUAGCUUGCGCACGGGCUUACAAUACCGAUCAUCAGACUCAGCUCAUUAUUCAAGCAAGUGCGAUGAUGACCGAGUCUCGUUAUGCUUUGCUGAUCGUUGACAGCGCUACCGGGCUCUACAGAACUGACUACAACGGCAGAGGAGAAUUGAAUUCUAGACAGAUUCAUAUGGCAAGAUUUCUAAGACUUCUGCUGAGACUGGCAGACGAACACGGUGUUGCUGUUGUCAUCACGAAUCAAGUUGUCGCCAACGUCGAUGGCGUAGCGAGUAUGUUUGGAGGAGAUCAGAAAAAACCAAUUGGUGGAAACAUCAUUGCGCAUUCAAGCACAACGAGAUUAUCAUUACGGAAGGGACGUGGGGAAACGAGAAUAUGCAAAAUUUACGAUUCUCCCUGUUUGCCAGAGAGCGAGGCAAUGUUUGCCAUUAAUCGGGAUGGAAUCGGCGACGUGAAAGAGUAAACGUUUUCGCCUCGGAUACAAUAACUGAUUAAAAACUCGUUGCCUUAUAACAUAUAUCUAUUUUAUUUAUUAAUCCUAUCUCAGAGUUUAACUGAAUUUUUUGUAUUUUUGUAAUUUAAAUUAAUUAUUCAUAAUUCUAGGACUUCGAACAAUUCACUGUUACUGUAAUAUCGAUAACAUAAUAAUUAUAGCGAGUAAUUAAUUAUAUUAUAUUAUAUUAUAGCGAAUAAUUAUAUCGAGAAAAAAGACCAUUUUUUUUUAA